ACUUUUCAUUCACUUUUCACUCAUUUUCUUUCCUUUAACUUUCUUUCUUUCAACAUGCUCCCCUCAUCCAAACAAAGGCGUAGGGUUGAAUCGUAAAUAAACUGAAAACCAAGGGUAAUAUAUAAUCAAACUUUCCCGCCAAUCCCAUUUUUCUCGGAAAAUCAAAUCAAUCAAAUUAAAAUAAUUAAAAAUUAAAAAUCUCUACACUCUAAUUAACUUUAUUUAUUUCUCCACUCACAAUAAAAACUUCAACAUUCUCAUUAUUUUUGAUUUUUGACGCUCCUUUCAUCUUCUCUUCAAAAUUCUCAUUUCCACUUCUUCUUAAGUUCUAUUGCAAGGUUUGAAAAAUGGAUGACAAGAACAAUGUGGUGAACGUUGAUCCUCAUGUAGAGUCACCAACUUCGGUUCUAGAAGAAGAGGAUGUAGAAGUGAAAUCGGAGGAACAGGUGGUUGCAGAUGAUGGGUCUUCUUCGCUUGUGUCGAAAUUAAUGGUGGAGGAGGAAAAGAAGUUACUUAAAGUUCGUGCUAAGGAAGAUGAGGAACCGUGUGAGGAAGCGUCGAAUCUUGAUGAUACACAGUUUAAUAAGUUGGAUGAACUGUUAACACAAACUAAACUCUACUCAGAGUUUCUUUUGGAGAAAAUGGACGAUAUCACAAUGAAUCCGAGUGAACAAGAGAAUGAGGACGAGGAAGAGAGCCAGCCGAGUGUGAAAAAGAAGGGCCGUGGAGCAAAACGAAAGGCGGCUAAACAAUACAAUACUAGGAAAGCUAAAAAGGCAGUUGAAGCCAUGAUUACAAGAUCUAAAGAAAAUCUGAAGACUGAAGAUGUGAAUUUGACUGAAGAAGAAAGAACUGAGAAAGAGCAGAAGGAUCUGAUGCCUUUACUAACUGGUGGAAAAUUGAAGUCUUAUCAACUGAAGGGUGUAAAGUGGUUGAUUUCCUUGUGGCAAAAUGGAUUGAAUGGGAUUCUAGCUGAUCAAAUGGGUCUUGGGAAGACAAUCCAAACAAUUGGCUUUAUUUCUCAUCUAAAAUCAAGAGGAUUGGAUGGGCCAUAUAUGAUAAUUGCUCCUCUAUCAACCCUCUCCAAUUGGGUGAAUGAGUUUUCUAGGUUUACACCAUCGCUCCGUGUUGUUAUCUACCAUGGUAACAAAAAUCAGAGAGAUCAAAUCAGAAGGAAACAUAUGCCUAGAACAGUUGGCCCAGAAUUUCCCAUAGUAAUAACUUCAUAUGAGAUUGCGAUGAAUGAUGCUAGGAAAUGUUUUGCGCCAUACAGUUGGAAAUAUCUUGUUGUGGACGAGGGACACAGGCUCAAAAACUCAAAUUGCAAAUUAGUGAAGUCAUUGAGAUACAUUAAUGUUGACAAUAAACUUCUUUUGACUGGGACACCUCUCCAGAAUAAUUUGGCAGAGCUUUGGUCAUUGCUGAACUUCAUCUUACCUGAUAUAUUCUCAUCACUUCAUGAAUUUGAGAAAUGGUUUAAUCUGUCAGGAAAGUGCACUAAUGGAGCAACAAUGGAAGAAAUGGAAGAGAAAAGAAGAAAUCAAGUGGUAGCCAAGCUUCAUGGAAUUCUUAGGCCAUUUCUUUUGCGUAGGAUGAAGUCUGAUGUUGAGCUAAUGUUGCCGCAUAAAAAAGAGAUAAUUAUUUAUGCUAACAUGACUGAGCAUCAGAAGAGCUUGCAAGAUCAUUUAAUUAACGAGAAACUGGGGGAAUAUUUGGAAACGAAACUAUCAGUUGGACGUGGUGCGACGAAGCUUAAUAAUUUGGUUAUUCAACUUAGGAAAGUCUGUAACCAUCCCGAUCUCUUGGAAUCAGCCUAUGAUGGUUCAUAUUUCUUUCCUCCGGUGAAUGAGAUAAUCGAACAAUGUGGAAAAUUCCACUUGCUCGAUAGAUUGUUGCAGCGGCUAUUUGCACGUAAUCACAAGGUUCUGGUCUUCAGUCAAUGGACUAAAGUGCUAGAUAUAAUGGAAUACUAUUUUAGUGAAAAGGGUUUUGAAGUUUGCAGGAUUGAUGGCUCGGUGAAAUUGGAUGAUAGGAAACGUCAGAUCGAGGACUUCAACGAUACAAACAGCAAUUGCAGAAUCUUUCUUCUUUCUACUAGGGCUGGUGGAUUGGGAAUAAACCUCACUGCAGCUGACACUUGUAUUAUUUAUGACAGUGACUGGAAUCCUCAAAUGGAUUUACAGGCCAUGGAUAGAUGUCAUAGAAUCGGUCAAACAAAGCCUGUUCACGUUUACAGGCUUGCAACUGCACAAUCAGUAGAGGGUCGAAUGUUGAAAAGAGCUUUCAGCAAGUUGAAACUUGAGCAUGUGGUGAUAGAGAAAGGACAAUUUCAUCAGGAGCGUACAACACCUUCCAUUGUGGAUGAAAUGGAGGGAGAGGAUAUUUUGGCAUUGCUUCGAGAUGAAGAAACAGCCGAGGACAAAAUGAUACAGAAAGAUAUCAGUGAUGAAGACCUGGAGAAGCUUUUGGAUCGCAGCGAUCUUGUUAUCAAUAGCUCAACCGAUGAGAAAGCUCCAGUUAGUACCUUUCCCCUUAAAGGGCCUGGAUGGGAGGUGGUGAUUUCUGCUGCGUCUGGCGGCAUGCUUUCCACUCUUAACAGCUAAAUUUUCGUAUCUGUGAAAUUAACUUUUUAUUUCUAAAUAUUUUUAAAAAAAUUCCUUUUUGUGGUAUGAGAUGUAGUUGACUUUUUUAGACGAUCUCAGCCAGUGAUGUCAAUUGUUAGAGGUAAUGUCCUAGAGGGCAUUCAAUUUUGUAAAGUCUACUAACGGAACUAGAUGUAGAAAUGAAGCUACUCAGAGCCAGUGGUCAUGUUUUUUUGCUUAGAACUAUUCACAAAUCCAAUACAUUGGUAUCUACUCAACUUA